CAACCCCGCCGCCGGGCUCCGGGCUGCCGGCCCCGCAGCGCUCCGCGAUGGACCCCUGCUCCUCACUCUUCAGCUACGUGUUCAUGCACUUGUUCGUCCUCUGCCUGCAAGCCCAGGUAACUGUUCAGUCCCCACCUAAUUUUACACAGCAUGUGAGGGAGCAGAGCCUGGUGACAGAUCAGCUCAGCCGGCGGCUCGUGCGCACCUACCAGCUGUACAGCCGGACCAGUGGGAAGCACGUGCAGAUCUUGGACAACAAGAAAAUCAAUGCGAUGGCUGAGGACGGGGACGUGCACGCCAAGCUCAUCGUCGAGACCGACACCUUUGGGAGCCGCGUGCGCAUCAAGGGGGCGGCCACGGGGUUCUACAUCUGCAUGAACAAGAAGGGGAAGCUGAUCGGCAAGAGUAACGGCAAAGGCAAGGACUGCGUCUUCACCGAGAUCGUGCUGGAGAACAACUACACGGCGCUGCAGAACGCCAAGUACGAGGGCUGGUACAUGGCCUUCACCCGCAAGGGCCGCCCGCGCAAGGGCUCCAAGACCCGGCAGCACCAACGCGAGGUGCACUUCAUGAAGCGGCUCCCCAAGGGCCACCAGACCACCGAGCCCCACCGGCGCUUCGAGUUCCUCAACUACCCCUUCAACCGCAGGAGCAAAAGGACUCGAAACUCCAGCGCCAGGGUGCGCCCGUGACGCGUGCCCUCGUGGACUGGCAUAGGGACUGUGAUAGGGUUCUUAAAGGAAAAGAAAGAAAGCAACAGCGGGGGAUGGGGGGAGGAUAAAAGAACUACGCUACUAGUUGUUGAUGAUUUGGGGGUGGCUCUGUUUUUACAAAAAAAAAAAAGAUAAAAAAAAAGAAGAAAGAGGCUCUAUUUUUGUACUCCAACUUUACAAGAGAUGAGAUGUUCAAAGACUGCUGAAGGGGGGAAGAGCCCUUCGCUUAGAAAUGUUUUAGUGUUUGGGGUCGUGUUUUGGUUUGUACUUUUUUAUUUUUUUCUUUUUGGUAGCUCUAGGGGGGAAAAUCCUCACUUAAAACAAACAAGAAAAAAAAAGAAGAGA